CACAUCUCUCAACCUGCCCAGACUCAGCUGUCUUCCCUUCACGGCAAUUGCCUAUCCUGAGGUCCAGAGGAAAUUUAAGGACCUCCGACCCAGGUCAAGAGCAAGGCUGCUGCAGAACAGUGUCACACUGCAGGCACUGGUGGGUGACCUCCAGAUGAGACAACAUACACUGCUGUGGAGGUGGUCGUGCUGUGGAUGUGGUCUCACACAGCAUUUACAGGACUGCCAUACCCUGAAAGUGAUGGCACCACACUGCGUGCCAGGCAGAGUCCAGGCUGCACGCCCUGCUCGCCGCCAACCAGUCUUGUUGUGUCCAUGGCGUGUUCUGGUGGGAGUGGUGCUGUGGUGGAGGCCGUGAGGCCGGGCAGCGGCAUGAGUGGCCAGCAGCAGCAGCAGCAGCAGCAGCAGCCAGCCUCAGGUGUGGGGAGGCGCAGGCAUGGUGGCAAGAAUCACCUGGAGGCAGGCAGCUCUGUCCACAGAGGAGAGAGCAAGUUUGAGUGCCAACAGUGUGACAAAACUUUUGUAUCCAGACGUGGCCUUAAGUACCACACCCUGACACACAGUGGUGUUAGAAAUUUUGAGUGUGGUGAGUGUGGGAAGAAAUUUACCCACAAGUCUUACCUCACCAAACACACCCUGACACACAGUGGUGUUAGAAAUUAUGAGUGUGGUGAGUGUGGGAAGAAAUUUACCCACAAGUCUAACCUCACCACACACACCCUGACACACAGUGGUGUUAGAAAUUAUGAGUGUGGUGAGUGUGGGAAGAAAUUUACCCACAAGUCUUAUCUCACCUCACACUCAUUGACACACAGUGGUGUUAGAAAUUAUGAGUGUGAUGAGUGUGGAAAAAGAUUUCCUACCAUUUCUCGUCUCAAUAAACACACCUUCAGACACACUGGCUUGAGGGAGUUCAAGUGUGAUGUUUGUGGCAAGUGUUUCAAGACAAAGGCUGAUAUUGUCAAGCACAUGAGGGUCCACUUCUGAGGUGGUGUGUUGUGUGUGGAUGUGUGGGGCCACACCCAUGCCUGCGGUGGUGGUGGUGUGAGGGAGUAACAGCCCCAGCAGUUGUUUUGUUGGCAGUGCAGGUGUGACCUUCAAUAAAUGUGUGUGUCUAACAUAACGCCAAGUUCUUUUCCGUUUUGAGCGGUGGUGUGUGAGUUCCCUGUGUUUGGUGUUUGGUGCACAGUCGUGGUGGCCACAAGCACCGCCCCCAACACUUGCUUCACUGUAUCUGAGCAGCCGCGUCCCUCACCACCCUGCCAGCCUGUCUUGCGUGCACUGGGUGUGCCUGAGCCGUCGUGCAGACGCUGGGGCACGGCCAUGGCAGUCUUCGGCAAGCACGGGCGUCUGGCGUGGUGGUGUAAGAAUGCGCGUCAUGUCUUUUGUAUCAGUUAGGAAGAGCAGGGGACCCAGCACAGAGCCCUGGGGUCCCCUGCCGUGCACCUUCACUCUGCUGGACGCUGCUGCAUGUACUAUUGUGCCUCUACAUGCUGCACCUGCUGGAGGUGUUUCAGUGGUACAAGGACUGUGGUGAGGGUGACACAGGCAGAAUUCUCAGGAUACAAAAAGACAUGUUAUCAAUGUCUGUCAUAUUUCUCUACUCACUUCUUCACUUUGCUGGCCAAGAACACAUUACACUGUACAGUCUUGCUGCUGUAAUGCCAACACACUCUAGCAAAAAAUAAAUAAAUAAAUAAAAAAACCUUCAGUAGCCUGGGAAGCAAAAUACAUGAAGAAAAGGGGAAGUGACAACUAGAAAGAAAAAAAAAAAAGGAAAACAAAACUGCUGAACAAAAAAAAAAGUAUUGGAAAAAAAAAGAUUAUUUUGACAGCAAAACACACACACACACACACACACACACACACACAGCAAGGAUGUUUACCACCAACAAUUAAGGUAAAGCCCAGACACACUAAUUAAUUGUUAUAACACAGUCAUUUAAGUUUUGUUAUUAUGAAGUGGUUAGUUACCAUUGUUGCCUGUACAGGAGGUCCCAACACUCCAAGCUAACACAAAUAACUUCUACAAAUUAUUUGUCAAUCAGAAGAGAGAAAAAUAAUGUGAAAACCUUCAUUGUUAUUUAGAAGAUAACUUCAAUAAAAGUCAGCGUGGUCACCAAGGAGUCUAUCCAGUGCCUUGUUGGCCUCCGGAAAAUGUUGCUAAGCAAAGCAAGGCCAGAACUAUUUGGCGCUAACAAUGACUGCUGCCAGAUAAUCUUUUUUAUUUUUUAUUUUUUAUUUUUAUUUAUUUUUUUUGUAUUACAUUAAUAACAACCAAGUCAAAACUAAGUUGAGCAAUAAACUAAAUCAAAGCAAAAGUAUAUCAACUUAAAAACUUAAAAAAAAGAACAAUGCAAAAUUUAAUUAAACUUUUUCAUCAAAACAGAGGAAGAGACACAUCAAUCAAAAA